AAAAUGGGCGGUCGUUAACGCCUUGGCAGACGAAUGGGCGCGGUCUUGGGCUAGGACAGGAAAAGAAGUAGAAAGCGAGGACAACCGAUUCGAAAACGAUGGCUGCCAUUCGGAAGAAGCUAGUCAUUGUCGGUGAUGGUGCAUGCGGGAAGACCUGUUUGCUUAUAGUUUUCAGCAAGGACCAGUUUCCUGAAGUGUAUGUCCCCACUGUCUUUGAAAACUAUGUUGCUGACAUCGAAGUGGAUAGCAAACAGGUGGAGCUGGCACUGUGGGACACAGCGGGACAGGAAGACUAUGACAGACUGCGGCCCCUCUCCUACCCAGACACAGACGUCAUACUCAUGUGCUUCUCCAUAGACAGCCCCGACAGCUUGGAGAACAUCCCAGAGAAGUGGACUCCAGAGGUCAAGCAUUUCUGUCCAAACGUCCCCAUCAUUCUGGUGGGAAACAAGAAGGACCUUCGCAAUGAUGAGCACACACGCCGGGAGCUGGCAAAGAUGAAGCAGGAGCCAGUGAAGCAGGAGGAGGGUCGGGACAUGGCUCUGCGCAUCAGUGCGUUUGGCUGUCUGGAGUGCUCAGCAAAGACGAAGGACGGUGUGCGGGAGGUUUUUGAAUUAGCCACUAGGGCGGCGCUGCAAGCCAAGAAGCGUAGCAAAAAGAGUGGCUGCCUUUUGUUAUAGAGAAUAAGACCUUGAAGAAGUGUGAUGAUUAUAAAGGGGGUGGACAGUGUGGCUCCUUGCUGCGUCAGACUCAAGGGGAAGAAACACAUCAGGUAUAGGGCCAAGGACCUAGCAAAGUAAAAGGGACAACAUUCUCAAGGCCAAUGCACUGUCUUUUCGCAAGACUUGUGCUUUUGUUUUGUUUUGUUUUUGUUUUUUUUUAAUGGUAAGGUUAAGUUUUGGUCCUGUGCUACACAAAGUUAUGUAAUGGCACACUAUACUAAGCAUCCAUCCAACUGCUUCUCCUCAAUCUCCCAACAUGUAGCCUAAAUCUGUGUACCUUCCUAAGGACCUGUACGUAGUCCCUCGGACCAUCAUUCUGACUUUAACCUGGCACGUAAGCCAGGCUGACCUGGUGCGUAUUACAACCCCCCCUUGUCUUUCAGUAAUGCCACUGGUUAAAUAUAUUGAACAAGCAAUUUUGGUUUAUUUAAAACAAAGAAACAGAAAAAGAAAGCAAGCCAACGCCUUAAGAACUUAAAUGCAUACUACAUUAAAGAUACUAAUGCAAUGUUUUGUAUGUGUGAAUGUUUUAUACUCUUUUCAAUGGCAUGUUUAAAAAAAAAAAAUACUUGAGUCUAUGCGGACUGUCCAGAUGCCUGGAUAAGGGAACAAUUGUAUACUUUUGUAUUAGGUUUUGGAAAAAGUAUUUUUCUGCUGCAACUUUUUUCACUCGCCUUGCAGAUGCUAAUUGAUGACAAGCCAAGGGCAUACUGUAACAUCAGAUUUCUUCCUAGACACAUAGGAAGAGCCCUGUCUGUUACUUCAUUAAUACUAUUGAUGUGUACUCAACCUGUUUUGUCUCAUUUUUUAACAAUGUGUGAUAUUCUACUGGCCUGUUUAUUUUAAUUGUUUUCUCAACAUCUCAUACAAGAGGGCAGGAACAUAAAUACAGGAAACUAAUUAAAAUCCCUUGUUAGGAAUUUGAAACAGUUGUGGUUUUAAGUGAACAAAAAACCAUUCCAAAAGUGAUGUCUUUGUAAACUGGCAGAUUUACUUUGUUCUUAAAGAAAAUAAAUUGUUACAGAUGAAUCUUA